AUAUUUCCGCGACUCGCCUUCAUAUCUGUGAUGGGUUCCACUGUUGUUAUGCGAGGCCAGAUAUUACCACAUGUCUAGUAGGCAGUUAUCUGUGUCGGGUCAUGGCCAUCUCUCAUCGUGUGUACAUUACUGACUAAAUAUUGUGAACGCAAACCUUAAGGCGGACCUAUGUAUUCGAUUACCAUACGCUAGUAUUUAGCUGUUACUUUUCAGUUCCGUGUUUCGACGUAUCCUCGGCCUGCAGUCACAGCAACAUGCUGUGACCCUGUUUGACAUUUAUCCUCUGACCUGUUCGUGAAGGAGAGAACAGUGAGAAAUAAUAUAGUGUAUUGUACUGUGGUGUGGCAAUGGCAGACAACGAAGUAGAUGUGUCGGAUACUGACAUCCAGGGGAAGGUAUUACAAGCCCUGAAGAAACAUUCUCACUUGGCUGAGCUGCAAUGGGCAAAGGAUACAUCCAGUGUGAAAGUAGAGGAGAUCGGUGACGGAAACCUGAACGAGGUGUUCCGAGUUUACCCGAGUGAGGAUCCAAACAACAGUGUUGUAUUGAAACACGCACCACCCUAUAUCAAAUGUUUGGGGAAAGAUUUCCCGCUCUAUGAAGAAAGGGGGGAACUUGAAUACAACGCUCAGUUCAAGUUUCACAGUAUUUCCCCAGGGAGUGUCCCAAAACCAAUUUUCUACGACAGUUCCUUGAGAGUCAUGUGUAUGGAGGACCUCCGUGACUACGUCAUCUACCGCAGCUCCCUCAUUAGCGGCCAUCUCGACGACGAAGCCGCCCUUAAACUGGCGAGAGACGUGGCCGUGAUACACAGAGACACCCACGUCGCCAACAUAGGGGAGGACGCCAUCAAACAGCUGGAUAAGGAGUUUCAGAACCCUGAAAUGAUGGACCUGACCGAGAGGUAUAUAUUUACGGGUCCCUUCUCGCCAGAUGACCCUACCAACAGAUGCUCCCCGUCCUUGAAGGCCAGGCUGGACUGGGUUUAUGGGGACCAGGAGGUGCUCCGGGCGGCUGCCGAGAUGAAGAGGAUCUUCCUGGAGAAGAAGGAGGCUCUGGUUCACGGGGAUCUCCACACCGGCUCCAUCAUGGUCAAAGACGAAGACGCCAAGGUGUUUGACAGUGAGUUCAGCUACGUGGGGCCCUGCUCCUUUGACGUUGGCGUCCUCGUGGCCAACUAUAUCUUCAACUACUACUGUCACCUACUGCAGCCUGACGACAACGACAACCGCAGGGUGUUUGCUUACCGGGUGGUUGAGAUCUGCAACAAGACAGUUGCUGAAUAUUUCAAGCACAUGACGAGCGUUACCGGAGACAAGGAGACCUACCAUGCCGACUUCAUGUCGGAGUUGGCGGGAUUUGCUGGCUGCGAGAUCGUUAGAAGGUUGAUAGGCGCAGCUCACGUGGCGGAGUUCGACGCUACCCCCCAGGCAGAGGUUGACGCCCUGGGUGCGGGGGUGAGACUGCUGAAGGCCCACGACAGGAUACACAGCAUCGGCACCCUCAUGGUUAUAGCUCUCAUGCUGGCCUGAAUCUCCUUCCUACAUGCAUGUAACAUACAGAAUGUAUGCCCUUUAACGAUGCAAGGACAAUCAUCUCAGGGAUGUCAUCAUCUUCCCGAGGCAAGAGAGUUAACUGACUAUAAAAGUCCAGUUUCCACCCUUGCCGAACUAGGCUGGUAUUAUGGAGUUACAUUUUGGCUCGACUAACGAGUCUAUGCAUAGUCCAAU